CCUCUCAUCUCUCCCAAGUUUACAGCCAUUUUCCUAGGGUUUCAUCAGGUAGCAUAAGAUGGCAGACGGUGAAGACAUUCAGCCACUUGUGUGUGAUAAUGGAACCGGAAUGGUUAAGGCUGGAUUUGCGGGAGAUGAUGCUCCAAGGGCUGUGUUCCCAAGUAUUGUCGGCCGUCCUCGUCACACUGGUGUGAUGGUUGGAAUGGGCCAAAAAGAUGCAUAUGUCGGAGACGAGGCUCAAUCCAAGAGAGGUAUAUUGACUCUAAAGUACCCGAUUGAACAUGGUAUUGUCAGCAACUGGGAUGACAUGGAGAAAAUUUGGCAUCACACUUUCUACAAUGAGCUCCGUGUUGCUCCAGAAGAGCAUCCGGUUCUCCUUACUGAAGCACCUUUGAACCCUAAGGCCAAUCGUGAGAAGAUGACCCAAAUCAUGUUCGAGACAUUCAAUACCCCUGCUAUGUAUGUUGCCAUCCAAGCUGUUCUUUCUCUGUAUGCCAGUGGUCGUACAACUGGUAUUGUCCUGGAUUCAGGGGAUGGUGUGAGUCACACUGUUCCUAUUUAUGAAGGGUAUGCCCUUCCACAUGCGAUCCUUCGUUUGGACUUGGCAGGACGUGACCUCACUGAUGGCUUGAUGAAGAUCCUUACAGAACGUGGGUAUUCUUUCACUACUACAGCAGAGMGGGAAAUUGURAGAGACAUGAAGGAGAAGYUGGCYUACAUYGCCCUUGACUAYGARCARGAGCUYGARACWUCCAAGACUARUUCKGCUGUUGAGAAGAGUUACGAGCUKCCWGAUGGACAAGUKAUYACWAUUGGUGCUGAACGUUUCCGUUGCCCAGAGGUGUUGUUCCAGCCAUCCAUGAUAGGAAUGGAAGCAGCCGGUAUUCACGAGACUACAUAUAACUCCAUUAUGAAGUGUGAUGUUGAUAUUAGGAAAGACUUGUAUGGUAACAUCGUACUCAGUGGAGGUUCAACCAUGUUCCCCGGCAUUGCUGAUAGGAUGAGCAAGGAAAUUACUGCAUUAGCCCCAAGCAGCAUGAAGAUCAAGGUUGUGGCACCACCUGAGAGGAAGUACAGUGUCUGGAUUGGAGGGUCCAUCCUGGCAUCUUUGAGCACCUUCCAGCAGAUGUGGAUUGCCAAGGCCGAGUAUGAUGAGUCUGGACCAUCAAUCGUGCAUAGAAAAUGCUUCUGAUAUGUGCAUUUGGAUGUUGUUUUGAAGAUACGCAGUUUGCAACGUUUUCGUGUAACUUUGUUUUUCUAUGUCUAUUAUAUAUAUAUAAUGCUGUUUUGUCAAAGUUGGGUUAAUGCCAUCAAGAGAGCACAAACAUGAUUGCUGUAUGUUCUACAAUUCUUUUAUUUUAAUCCCAUAUUAGAAGCCAUUCCGAUUCCUUCA